AAUAAAGGACGAUCGCUUGAAAAUUUCAAAAUGAGUUUCCUAUUUUCGCUCCAGUAACCGCCCAGCUAUUGCGCCACGCACCGCCGGGUUUUACGCUUACGGGUUCCGAUCGGUUACCAAGAAAUUCAACCGACCUACAAUUACAAACCCCAUUACGAUUUUCCAAUAAUAAAAAAUCGGGACAAAUUCGGAAGUCAUGGAUCCAUCCGAUCUCACAAUCCGCGACUUCCUCCAACCCACCGAUCCGCCACUACUCCGUAGGCCCUUCCAAUCUUCCAACUCCCCAAACCAUGGCUGGAGAUCGGCAGGGGCUCCCCGUAUUCACCGGCCGGCUCGGACUCCAGGGAGGCAGCGACCAGAUCAUCAUCCUCAUGUAGCCCGCGGCGCGGGUGGGAGGAGAGCGGUUAAUUGGCGCCGAGACUUCCGCGGGCGUCACCGCGCGUGAUCGCGAGGGGGAGGCUUCGCGUGAUAUGAUCCCCGCACGCGCGCGUCUCCAGCAGCCGUCGCCCAGCGGGGGGCGGCCGGGGACGAGCAGGGUGGAGGGGCAGGCGGGGAUCGAUCUGCUUAUAGGCGGGCGGGGCGGGGAGGAGGGCGGAUAUGAGAGAGGCCGCGCAAGGACGUGACCCCGCCCGGACGCGCGUGGAAGACGCGGGCGGCUAUAUAUACCAGAGGGCUCGCUCCCCCGCCCACGCGCGCAGGCCCCGUUAUUCUCCCAGAUCGCGCGAUCUCGAGCAGAGGAAGAGCUCCUCGCGACGACACGAGAACGACGGCGGCGACGGCUGUUGGCGAUCGACCACGCCGCAUCGUCGACUACGUGGCAGGACCGCUGCGCGGCGAGUCGGCAUCGCCAUCUCUUGAGGUGAGCAGGUUGUUCUCCCUGCUCGCGCCGCCGUGAAAAUUCUGCGCCGGUUCAGCCGCCAGCGAACGCGCCGGCCGUCCGGGAGGCAGUUGCGCUGCGCGUUUAGGGCUAGAAAGUUCCGCCGAGCAUUCUGAAAUCUGAAUUACGUACGAUCAGCCGGAUUGUGAACAGAUGGCGAGCAAAUUCGACGACGAAACCAAUCAGCAAUUGGAGGACGAAUAUUGCGACCAAGAUGAUGAUGACCUCGGUGAUUUCAUCGUGUAUAGCGAUGAUGAAGAUGACGAGUUGUCAAAGCAUAAGCAUCAGCGGCAAGAGGAGUUGGAGGAUGGCAUGAAAGAGGAAGUGGAAGAGGAAGUUGAGCCGGUAGAGGAGGUUGAUGAGGCGGAGGAAGAGGUGGAGAUGGAGGAGGCUCCAGUUGGGCAGCAAGAGAUACUCAGCCUGAGGGAGCAGUUAAAGGAGAAAAUUAGGAGGAAAAAUGCGGCAAUGACUGCUGGAACCUGCAAGGCUAGAUGCUCAUCGUCUGUGAAUCAGACGAUAUUGCCACCAGGGAAGGAUGGAUAUGGCACCUUUUUUGGUCCAUCAAAGCCAGUGCUUGCUCGCCGAGUCAUUGAAGAAGGAUGCUCUUCGUUCAUGAAAGAACGAGAAAAUGUGUCGUCCAGAAAAGGUGCUCAGUUGGUUUCAAAGGUGCAACCUGGCACAGUCGAGAAUCUGCAGAAGCCAAAGUUUGUUAGUGAGGAGAAAAGAAAGGUUGAUGCACUUCGUGAGAACCGAGACUACUCAUCUUUGUUCUCAGAUGAUGCUGAUAAUGCACAACCUACAAAAGAGCAACCUGACAAUAGGACGCUUCUUCUUGUUCCCAAAUCUGAGUCUCAUGUUCGUGGUGGGGCAAUGAAUUCUGCUGGUAUGAGCACGAUGCCCUCAGGUCAGCCUGCCCGAUUAUCAUCAAAAGACAAUGCUUCCUUUCAGGCUCGUGUCCAUCGUAAGGCAGGGUCUCUGGGAAAGGACUCUCUUGCAGACAGAAAAAGGAUGAUUGCUGCUGGUAUAAACGGGUCCAACCUCCCUAACAUGAAGAAGAAGACUCCAGGGUUGAAUCCAUCCUCGAAUAGCCAAAAGCUGCAGCCGUCACUACAGAGCAAGAGGCCACAGGCGUCGGUUCCUAGCCGGAGGCAGCAGCAGCCGGCGUCCCAGGCCCGGAGGAUGCAGAAGCAGUUGCAGAGUCCGAGGCCGCAAGGCAAUGGCCGUCAGCUAUCCUUGCAAGGUCGAAGGCCUGAUGGAUCUGUACAAGGUCAGCGUAUUGUGCAGAAUGGAUCGGCUCAGCUCAAUGGGAGAUUGAAGUCAGAACAAAAGCGGCUCGAUCCUUACUCGAAACUCAAGGCUUCUCAUCCAAUGGAUAAGCGUGCAAUGAAAAGAAAAUCUGAUGAUGGAAUGGGAAAAUAUUCAUUGAUGAUUAGAAAAAUUUUUAACUAUGAUCCUAGAAAAUUUAUGGACGGAGAUGAAGAUGACCGUAACAUGGAAGCUGAUUUUUCUAGCAUCGAGAAGGAAGAGAGAAGAAGUGCUGCACUUGCAAGGAAAGAGGACCAGGAGCAGCUCCGCCUGAUCCAGGAAGAAGAGAGACGCGAACGUGCAAUGAAGAAGAAAAAGUUAGCACACAAGGAAUAGUAGAAGCGGUCAGGGUAGAAACAGCCCUGCCAUGCGUAUGGAUAGGUUUAGUUAGAUUGUGGCCGGGUAGGCAUCUAGGCUUUUGUAAGCCUGCUCCUAUAAACUGCAGAAAAUUUCAAACUCAACACUUUCUUCAUGA